GAUACACUGCAGUGAUAUCACAGCGUUUAGCAUCAAUAAGCAAAAACACAGUGCUGAAAAGCAAUUAGCGGCGCAAAGCAGCAGCGAGCAGCGUGAUCAUUUGUAAUUUACAUCUAUGGUAAAAUGAACACAAAGUCUGAGAAGGCUAUACUGUAUGUGGGUGCGCUGCACGACCAUGUGACAGAGUCCAUGCUCUUUAAAAGAUUUAGACCUGCAGGGCCCAUUCGCUUCAUCCAGAUCUGCAGGGACAACAAGACAGUCUCCUCACUCAUCCAUGCAUAUGUCAACUUCAAGUAUCGGGCCGAUGCUGAGCGAGCAAUGGUAAAGCUCAAUUAUGAGUGCCUGAUGGGACAGCCCAUGAGGAUCAUGUGGGCUCAGAGACAUCUGACCCGGGGAUCUACCUGCGUCGGAAACCUGUUCAUCGAAAACGUGGACAAGUCCAUUGACAGCAUGGGUCUUUUUGAACUUUUUCCCAUCUCUAAAAAGGAUGAAGGUUAUGAGGAGGAGCCAAAAGGGUACAGUUUCCUCCAUUUUUAGUUUCUCGAGGCAGCAAAUCUGGCGAUGGAAAAGCUUAAAGCUAAACUCCUGAAUGACC